UUUCAUUACUAAAAAAAGAUAUUAGUUUUCAUAUAUAUUUUUCUAAAAGAACGGAUACAUACGCGGACCCAUCAGCGGAGAUCAAGAAACUUCGUAGUGUGAAGCAGUUGAAAGGCUGUGAUCGAUGCCACCAGUCACAACCACUGUGGCCACCGCGUAGCCUCAUGGACACGUGGCCUCCUAUAACUUUACCCUCCUCCCUACUCGUGACACUUGAAAGCGCCACAUUACUUAUUUCUUUUUUAGUUUUCACACAAAAGUCCAUGCUACUUACCAUUUCUCAACACGUGUCGCCACGUGUAACAUCAUUUCCCUUGGUUACCCAACUUCGGAACCAUGGUUAGGUUAGUCUCAUUCUAGUUUAAGAAAUAAGAACUAUAUAAAUAGAAUGCGUCUCACGAUACUAUUUAUAUCAUGUUUUUGUCAUUUUUGUCAAUGCAUAGUGUUAUAGUGAUAAAUUCACAGUGAGUAGUGAGUGACUUCGCACUUGUUUUCCUUUCUCUAAUUUCAAGCAUUAACAACAAUGGGUCUCUCAAAUUACCCGUAUGCUGCUGAAGGGGUGAUACCUUUAAUUGUGAUGAACACGGUUAUGUCUGUUGCUAUAUUGAAGAACAUGUUUAGAUCGGUGCUUCAAGCUGUUGGUGCCACCAGUUCUUCAGAUACCGCUUCUUCAGAUUACCCAACAUAUAUUAGCAUGUUUGAAGACACAACAUCAUGUGAAAGUUCGGGUUGUUCUAGGCCAAGAAGGGUGUCCAUAACACAGUACAAGUCAUUGUGCCACAACAACAAUAAUAAGAGUGUUAUGUUGGAGUGUUGCGUGUGCCUCACAGGGUUCGAAGCGAAUCAAGAGGUUAGCGAGUUGCCUUGCAAGCAUUUCUUCCACACAAGCUGCUUAGACAAAUGGUUUGACAACUGGCACACCACUUGCCCUUUGUGCCGUUCGUUCUCCUAGACUACUAAUUAGUAUUAAUGUUAUGUCUACUUUCUCAAUUAGGCAACAUGUUUAGCUAGUUAGUUAUGGUUUAAUCAACUAUAGAACUUAUAUACAUAUGUAGUGAGCUCUCUUACUUUUUGUCUGUUUAAUUUGUUUACCCCUUUCGAAGUUAAGCUUUUUUUAAUGUAUUUUCGGUUUCUAUUUCGAAACACAGAUCACGCUGCUUUGUUGCUUGAUUUGCUUAAUACCAAUUUUAAAGCUUGCGUGCUUGAACUGAAUAUAGCUUAAAUAAUUUGGUGCAA